AUUAUUCAAAGAGAACUUGAGAAGAUUUACAAAAAUGUUUAAGCUACUAACUGUAUUAUUUUUGAUUACCUUUGCCGUCGAUACUUUCGGCCAGCGGUUUAUUCAACCAACGUACAGGCCACCACCAACCAGAAGACCGAUCAUUCGUACAGUUCGAGACACAGGGAACCAGGAACCACUAUGGUUGUAUCAAGGGGAUUUGCCAAGAGCUCCUGCGACCGGCGAUCACCCAGAUUUACCAACUUAUAUUGAUGAUAUUAAGCUCGACCCGAACAGAAGAUAUGCUCGCAGCCUAGAUUCACCAAGUGCCAAACGAUCAGGCGGAAGCCAUAGAACAUCUAGCAGCAGCCGAGACACUGGCGCUAAUCAUCCAGGGUAUAAUAGAAGAAAUGCAAGAAGUAUCAGACCUUCGUCAUGGCCAUCAGCUCCCCGACCGCGCAACCCAUUCCCACAGCCGACCAGACCACGCCCCAUUUAUCCUGUCUACGCAAACAAAGGGGGCCGAACGAACUUCAGUAUAUUUUGUCUGUCUAAAAUGUUUAAGUGUAUUAUUACCAUACUGCUUUUGGCUGCUGUCGUCGCUUCGGAAAAAUCUGAAGAGACACAAAAUCUACCAAGACUAGGUAGAAUACAAUUGGAAAGAGGCGACGGACAUGUCAAUCUACAUUUUCCUACCAAUGAUAUUAAAAGUCGUGUAAGACGUCAAAUGAAUUUUCCGGGAUUCAAGAAACCAACUCAUCGCGACGUUAUAAUUCCAAAUUGGAAUCCUCAUGCGCAAACUAAGCCAUGGCAAGUUAUAGGCGUUAAAACACGCAAUAGGAGAAGCGUCGAUUUAUCUAGUCAAGAAGCGGUAUAUAGAAGCCCCAUAGAAGACUUAUCAAGAAGUAAAGAAAGGAUAUAGCGCAGUAUGAUAUGAUAUAUAGCACACCAGUAGAACAACUAGCAAUUUACCAAAUUCCUUAGACCGUGAAAUAUAUAAUAGACAUGCAUUAUAAUAUUGUCUAAAAAUUGAGUUCUGUGACGUGCAGCUAGCGAUUAGCUUAACUAAUCUUGUGUAUAGAAUAUGAAAACAUUAUAAUAAAAAUUUAAAUCAA